GUGGGUCUACAUGGAUGUGAAUGUCUAUUCUUCGCCGCUAUGUGAAACUGUUCCCACUUCCUUCCAUCACCUUGAGUGGGCACGAGGGUAUAACUGACGAGGAUAUUCUGGCCUUUGAAGGGCAACAAUGCCGUUAUUUUUGCCAUAGCCGCGACACCAAACACACAUGUGAGCGUUUUGUACGCGAUUCAUCACAUGUGGUUACAUACAGCUGGGAGGGUGAACGCAUGGUUGAAGCUUUCCCUUCUGGGGUUGAGUCCUGCGAGGAGCGAAAAAAAACAUGGUCACAAUGGUUCCAACUAGCGAGAGUAGUGACGGCGGACUCUGUCAGCCAACCGACAGAAGGCAACGGCAAGAGAAAGUGGGAGUGCAGUGAUUUGACAGGAUUUGUCGUCACCCACAUACGAUACAAACAAAUGCGAAUACAUUACUUGGAGGCGGACAAAAUUGUGUCAAUUCGUACAUUCCAUACUACUGAAAAUCGUGCCAAUUAUGGGAUUGAGGAAGAAGACGCCAUCCUAUUAGACCCCGGAACUGGAGACCGGCGCUGUCAGCACAUCGAGAAUAUGGACUUUGCUGACAAUCCAUACGAGCAGUCCUUACGCUUAUAUCUGGACACCAUGUUUGAUAGAUUGUUCUGUCCAGCCAAUACAGACUUGCUCUCGCAAACUGGUAGUACCGUCAAUAAUGCUCCUACCGCAUUUCGUGGCUUGAACGAAGGUUUAUUAGCUCACUCAGCAAGUUAUCAUCCUGCGGAAUGCGAUAUUUGCUCCGUGUCCAUGCCAUUUCACUCCGCCGUACCCAAGACGCCGUCCGGUAGUCAGGUAUCUCUGGUUUCGCGCCAUGUGCCAGAGCCAGCGAACAGGUCGGACGUCUUCCCACUGGAAAGUAACACGAUAUCGUGUCCUACCACCGUUGACGAAGAUGAGACAGUGGCAUCGGCCUCUACACUUCCAACACCGGAGAUGGUCGGUAACCCAACAAGCCAAUUGCCACUGAUAUCUAAUGAUAGCAAUGGUGAUCAGUCGAGGCCUAAAGAAGUGCAUGAUACACGGUUAUCAACUGGCACGACUUCGAAUUGCGUGAUCCGCCCUCCGUCUUCAAAACCAACACCCAGAAACGCCCGUCGGAAUCUACACGGCUCGAUAUUUUUAACGACAUUAAAGAAUUGCAAGCCAAACACUCGUUGUAACAUCCUCUGUGUCGUCACGCAGAUCAAUCCCAUCCAAGAUAUAAAGCUUACCAAGGGAAAAUGUGCUGGACAAGUCGUGCGCAUGGCUUCCAUCCUUGUUUCUGAUAAUGACGUUCCCUUUUUUCCGAUAACCUUGUGGAGAGAGCACUCGGUCUGGGCCGAUCGCUUAGAAGUUGGUGAUGUGCUCCAGCUAGGUGAGAUUGAUAUUAGAGUAUACCGGGGGAAGAUAUCCGGCACAACUGUAUUUCGGUCCGCCUGCAAAGUUCUACAUCGGUUAUGCAGGGACACGCCCAUCUAUGACGAGACGAGCGAGCCCGGGGAAGCGUACCACUAUGACAGCAUCGAGCGACUGCUGAGGUGGGCAAGCCGUCAACCUUUAUUGCGGUUUCAUCGCUUUGGUCUCGUCCAAGCACCGCAACAGCUGGCCGCUCUAUUGGAUCAUGAGGACGGCCAACGGGAACGUGCAGAUGAUCUAACUGUGCCUGUGGUACGCUUUAGCAGUCCCGGCGAUCUCAUCUCUGGCCGCUUCUCGGGGGUAGCUUUAGUCAAGGCGCAGGCUUCUCUCAUUAGCUUUCCACGUCUGCAAUUGUCAGUUCCUCCGAAAUCCAUUUCAGAUAUCAGUUACGACAGCAAACUUGUCACAUGUUAUUGUAGAACAUGCGGAUCCGAGGCCACACAAGAGGGCUUGAACCACAUAUGGCGUUGCCCCCGUUGCUUUGUUACUGACCAGGAUCUUGCGUGGACUUUCCAGAAGGCGGUCCUCAAUCUUGUUGAUGCAGCAGAUGCCACAAAGGCAUUGAUCCAAGCGGGCAUAGGGUUUGGCAUUUUGGAAGAAAUGUUUGCCAAUAUGGUGUCACCUCGUUUGCUAGCUGAUAAAGCUGCGUCAGAUCGGCGGAAGAAGAAAGUUUGGGAUAGACUCAUGAGGCUGUGUCAUGCCUUGACGAAUCCAAGUUCUGCACAAUGUAUAUCGAUGCGCUUAAAAGUGCAGACUAGUGAGGACGCCCAUGGUUUUGUGAUCAAUAGGCAGGUGGACGUCCUGAGAGUGGAGCUUUUUGGUGACGGUGGAAGCGAUUCGGCAAUAUAGUUUAAUACUUCACUUGGUCUUAACGUUUUGGAAGGGCGGUCUGGUCAUUGUAUUAAAUAGAGACAUAAUAGCAGGACUCUGUGCGUGACCCACAUGAGGCAUUAACCAGCACACUUCGGGUCUGCGUCGGCUGAACUCAUUCGCGAUCGGCAGCCCUUUCUAAGAUAAAACACAAUAUAACGCAUGUUUUUGG